AAAUGAUGUAUGAUUCGUCUGAAAUUCUAUUCUUAUUCUCUCGUCCACAACCUCAAAGUUAAUAUCUCAAGGAGUAAAAUAACACUAUAAAAAGAUCCAAAUCAGAAUCAUCAUGGCGUCAUCUUCAUCAUCAAACAUUCAAAAGGAUCCUUCAACUUACAAGACUAAAGUCUCAAGGAAUGAGAACAUUGCUAAGCUUCAAGCUGGUUACCUCUUUCCAGAGGUUCGUAGAAGGAAGGCUGAACACGUGUUGAAGUAUCCUGAUGCACAAGUGAUAAGCCUUGGAAUUGGUGAUACUACCGAGCCCAUCCCAGAAGUUAUCACUACUGCCAUGGCUAAGAGAGCACUUGGCUUAUCUACCGUUGAGGGUUAUACUGGUUAUGGAGGUGAAGGAGGUGAAAAGCAACUGAGAGCUCGUAUUGCUUCAACGUUCUAUGCAAACCUUGGCAUAAACGAAGAUGACGUAUUUGUAUCUGAUGGUGCAAAAUCCGACAUUUCUCGCCUUCAGGUCCUAUUUGGGUCUAAUGUUACAAUGGCAGUGCAAGAUCCAUCAUACCCGGCUUAUGUAGAUUCAAGUGUGAUUAUGGGUCAGACAGGGCAGUUCCAAAAGGAUGUUGAGAAAUAUACAAACAUAGAAUACAUGAAAUGUACUCCAGAGAACGAUUUUUUUCCUGAUUUAUCUGAAGUUUCUCGAACAGACGUCAUAUUUUUCUGUUCGCCCAACAAUCCAACGGGUUCUGCUGCGUCAAGGGAGCAACUGAUUCAGUUAGUAAAGUUUGCCAAGGAUAACGGGUCCAUCAUCGUUUAUGAUACAGCAUAUGCCAUGUAUGCAUCGGGUGACACCCCUAAAACCAUCUUUGAAAUCCCGGGAGCCAAAGAGGUUGCGAUUGAAAUCGCAUCUUUCUCUAAGUAUGCUGGAUUUACAGGAGUUCGCCUCGGUUGGACUAUUGUCCCGAAAGAAGUUAAGUAUUCAGAUGGGUCUCCUGUGGCUAAGGACUUCAACCGCAUUGUUUGUACUGGCUUCAGCGGGCCAUCAAACAUCGCGCAAGCUGGUGGCCUUGCAUGCCUUUCUCCUGAAGGUCUUGAGGCUAUGCAUCAAGUGGUUGGGUUCUACAAAGAGAAUACAAAGAUUUUAGUGGACACAUUUACUUCACUUGGUUUUAAAGUAUAUGGAGGAAAACAUGCUCCAUAUGUGUGGGUCCACUUCCCUGGUCGAAUCUCAUGGGACGUGUUCAGUGAGAUUCUUGAGAAGACUCAUGUUGUGACCACACCUGGAAGUGGGUUCGGACCCGCAGGUGAAGGGUUUGUUAGGUUCAGUGCCUUUGGCCACAGGGAGUCUGUGUUGGAAGCCUGUCGCAGAUUCAAUGAGCUCUACAAGUGAGCAGUGGGUUUAUAGUUCUAAAACCAUUAAGUAAAUAACUGAUGAUGUACACACAAUAGGCAAACAACCUGCUUGUGGAAGGAACCUUCUGCCGCGAAUAAAGAUCCUAAACCCAGUCCACUGUUCUUGUAUGUAAAAUAGAUGUAAGAGAGACACAGCUUCUGAAUGAAUGGUUUGGUUUCACGAUUUAA